CCCCCAGAUUGGCCGCGUCCCCUCUGGCUGCAUCUGUUAUCAGGAAGUUUAUCACUAUUGUGGAAGGAUAUCCUCACCAAAGUUGCUGACGAAGCUAGAAUAAAGCUAUUUGCUGCCUUCCUUCCAUGGCAACCAAUGAAAACCUCCCACCAAAUGUCAUUAGGCAAUUGGCUAAAGAAUUGAAGAAUCUUGACCAAUCGCCUCCAGAAGGGAUCAGAGUGAUUGUGAAUGACGACGACUUCACGAGUAUUUCUGCAGACAUAGAGGGACCUGGCGGUACUCCGUACGAGAACGGGAUUUUCCGGAUGAAGCUAGUCUUGUCCUGUGACUUCCCUCAAUCUCCACCAAAAGGAUUUUUCGUGACCAAAAUUUUCCAUCCAAAUAUAUCAAGCAGAGGUGAAAUCUGUGUUAACACGUUGAAAAAGGACUGGAAUCCUACUCAUGGAUUACGGCAUGUUCUACUGGUGGUGAGAUGCCUACUGAUUGAACCAUUCCCAGAAUCUGCGCUCAAUGAGCAGGCUGGAAAGAUGUUACUUGAAAACUAUGAGGACUAUGCACGGCAUGCAAGGUUAUACACCAGCAUUCAUGCCCUCAAACCCAAGAGUAAGCCCAAGAGUGGAAGUAUCUCCGAGUCAACCACAGCUGUAAACGUGGAUCAGUCAAGCACAAAUCUCGGCGAAACUGCACCAUCGGCACCCACGACAUUAUGUGCUACAGCUGCUGCCACCAAAGUGCUCGGUUCAAACUCACAGGAUCAGAAUGCUCCUGCCGAGCCCGCUGUUGGUACAUCUGCAGCAUUGCCCAAGAAGGAAGGACCUGUUGCCACAAAAGCGCCAGUCGAUAAGAAGAAGGUGGAUGCGAGGAAGAAGAGCUUGAAGCGAUUGUAAGCAAAACAUAGGGGGAUAAAAGUGCCAGAUGUAGAUGAUGAGAGUGAAUAUUGGGCUUCUGGUGACAACAUGAGGACUCUGGUAAACUGUUCUGUAUAUCUUGCAUCAACUCUGUAAUGACAAUUGUCCCAAAGAAGGCAUGCCUUCUCUAUUCAAUUAAUUCGUUCUAUUGAGCAAAAAUCCACUGGUUUUUCUUC